AUGCAAGAUAACUACCCACCUCGUUCUCUCUUGAGAGACUGUAUUGACCAGAAGGAUGAUCAGGCGAUCGCGAAAUCCCACGAUGUGGGCGAUGCGUUCGCGCAGGUCGCGAGUGCAGGCUGGCCUUCAAAUUCAAAGCUAGUAAAGAAGAACCAGAGAUGGCUUCGCCCUCCCAAGAAGCUCAUAUACAUCGACGAAACUCGGUGUCUGGCCUCUGGGAGUCCCCUCGAGGAUGUCUCCCAAUACCAGUUUCAUCUUGGGGAGCCUUGCCACAACGACGCGGAAUCAGUCUUGACAGGUGAUGCCCCUCCAUCGCCUGGUGUGACGAUACAGCAUGCGCAUGCAGCUCCUUCACUGCGAAAAGUCGAUACAGUUCUCGAUUCGCCGGUCAAUCAGAGAAUACGCCCCGACGGGAAUACGUCAAUAAAUACAUCACAGUCUCUUGAGGAUCACAGUGAGACAGAGCCCGCGAUCCCAGCUGGCGUGGAAGCACUGCGUAUGGCCGUCAGCCCUCCUGUCCCCUCUCUCGGCAACGUCUUGCCUCCAACAUUCCACGGUACCGCGGCAUUACCUCUCAAAAGCCGCACAGAGGCGAUACUGUUUCGUCAUUAUAUCCAAAAACUAGCUGUUUGUUUGGACUUAUGUGACCCGCUCAGACACUUUGAACUUGUCGUCCCUGAGCGGGCUAGCAUGUGUCAUACCUUGCUGAAUGCAGUCUUUGCCCUAGCUGCAAGACACCUCAGCCACACGACUGACUUCGAUCCGCUUGCCUCGAACAGGUACCAUGACGAGUGCCUCAAUCAUCUGAUACCCAUGUUGAACCACGCUUCAGCGGUGUCGGACGAAAACCUCUUUGCCGCGACGGUCAUCUUGCGGAUGCUUGAGGAAAUGGACGGCUCGACUACUGGCCAUGACAGCUACAGCCAUUUGCUAGGUAUCCACGCCUUUGUCAAUGUUGGGGACCAAUAUAUGAUACCUGGCAGUCUGAGUGCAGCCUCGUUCUGGGUGGGGCUGCGACAAGAGAUAUAUAUCGCGGUAAUCACGCAGCAGCCCGUCAAAGUCAGCCUGGACCAUUUCAUUGUGGACAGGUCGUUCGAGCCGGCCGACGACUAUACAUGGUCAAAUCGGGCCAUUGUCCUCAUUGCUGACGUCCUAAAUUUCUGUUUUGGAGAUAGUCCGUCCACGGUCAGCCGCUGGAACUCGUUGAACGAGGCAUGUGAGAAAUGGACCAUGACGAGGCCCAUGUCCUUCAACCCCUUCUUCUACAGGGAACGCACUAGCUCGGCGGCUUUUCCAGAGAUAUGGCACGGCUCGAGUUGUCAUGUCAUCGGGAUUCAGCACCAUCUCCUGGCGCAGCUGUUCCUCACGCAAUUCGAUCCAACAAUCCCCAGAGUGGGGACGAUGCGGCGGGCAUCCACGAAGCGGUUAACAGUGAGUGCCAUGGGACUCGCCUCUGGACCGAGUGGGCAAGGUACUGAUAAGCGGCAGCACCGUAUCGAGACUAUUCUACGAGAGCUUUGCGGCAUUGGUAUCUGUAACCAGUGGAGCCCGCCGGCUAUGUUUACUGCCUGCAUGGGGAUUGCGAUGUUUGGUGACCAGUUCGGCGAACGAAGUGAUCAGGAGGCUCUCGCUGACCUCCUGAGGCAAACGGAGGCAGCUCAUGCCCGCCCAACGGCAGCCAUACAGCAGCAGCUGAUGAAAACAUGGGGCUGGAUUCCAGACCUUGAUCAUUGA